GAGAUGGUUUCCCCAGACCCCCAAAUUAUCGUGGUGGCCCCCGAGACUGAACUCGCGUCUAUGCAAGUCCAACGCACUGAGGACGGGGUAACCAUUAUCCAGAUAUUUUGGGUGGGCCGCAAAGGCGAGCUACUUAGACGCACCCCGGUGAGCUCGGCCAUGCAGACACCAAUGGGAAUCCCAAUGGGGAAGUCGAUGCUGGUGCUUCUCACCUUCUUGGCCUUCGCCUCGUGCUGCAUUGCUGCUUACCGCCCCAGUGAGACCCUGUGCGGCGGGGAGCUGGUGGACACCCUCCAGUUCGUCUGUGGGGACCGCGGCUUCUACUUCAGCAGGCCCGCAAGCCGUGUGAGCCGUCGCAGCCGUGGCAUCGUUGAGGAGUGCUGUUUCCGCAGCUGUGACCUGGCCCUCCUGGAGACGUACUGUGCUACCCCCGCCAAGUCCGAGAGGGACGUGUCGACCCCUCCGACCGUGCUUCCGGACAACUUCCCCAGAUACCCCGUGGGCAAGUUCUUCCAAUAUGACACCUGGAAGCAGUCCACCCAGCGCCUGCGCAGGGGCCUGCCUGCCCUCCUGCGUGCCCGCCGGGGUCACAUGCUCGCCAAGGAGCUCGAGGCGUUCAGGGAGGCCAAACGUCACCGUCCCCUGAUUGCUCUACCCACCCAAGACCCCGCCCACGGGGGCGCCCCCCCAGAGAUGGCCAGCAAUCGGAAGUGAGCAAAACUGCCGCAAGUCUGCAGCCCGGCGCCACCACCCUGCAGCCUCCUCCUGACCACAGACGUUUCCAUCAGGUUCCAUCCCGAAAAUCUCUCGGUUCCACGUCCCCCUGGGGCUUCUCCUGACCCAGUCCCCGUGCCCCGCCUCCCCGAAACAGGCUACUCUCCUCGGCCCCCUCCAUCGGGCUGAGGAAGCACAGCAACAUCUUCAAACAUGUACAAAAUCGAUUGGCUUUAAACACCCUUCACACACCUUCCCCCCAAAUUAUCCCCAAUUAUCCCCACACAUAAAAAAUCAAAACAUUAAACUAACCCCCUUCCCCCCCCAACAACCCUCUUAAAACUAAUUGGCUUUUUAGAAACACCCCACAAAAGCUCAGAAAUUGGCUUUAAAAAAAAAACCACCAAAAAAAAUCAAUUGGCUAAAAAAAAAGUAUUAAAAACGAAUUGGCUGAGAAACAAUUGGCAAAAUAAAGGAAUUUGGCACUCCCCACCCCCCUCUUUCUCUUCUCCCUUGGACUUUGAGUCAAAUUGGCCUGGACUUGAGUCCCUGAACCAGCAAAGAGAAAAGAAGGGCCCCAGAAAUCACAGGUGGGCAUGUCGCUGCUACCGCCAUCUCCCUUCUCACGGGAAUUUUCAGGGUAAACUGGCCAUCCGAAAAUAGCAACAACCCAGACUGGCUCCUCACUCCCUUUUCCAUCACUAAAAAUCACAGAGCAGUCAGAGGGACCCAGUAAGACCAAAGGAGGGGAGGACAGAGCAUGAAAACCAAAAUCCAUGCAAAUGAAAUGUAAUUGGCACGACCCCCACCCCCAAAUCUUACAUCUCAAUUCCCAUCCUAAAAAGCACCCAUACUUUAUGCAUCCCCGCAGCCACACGCACACAGCACACGCAGGAACACAGAACACACACGAGCACACAGCACACACACAAACGCACAGCACACAAACGCACAGCACACGCAUGAACACAGCACACACGAGCACACAGCACACACGCGAGCACACAGCACACACACAUGCACACACAGCACACACAUGAGCACAGCACACACACCAAUGCACAGCACACACACGCACACACACACACGAGCACACAGCACACACAAACGCACAGCACACACACAAACGCACAGCACACACAGCACACACACGAGCACACAGCACACACACAAAGACAGCACACACAUGCACACACAGCACACACAUGAGCACACAGCACACACAAACGCACAGCACACACGCACACACAUGUGCAAACGCACACACACGAGCACACAGCAAACGCACAGCACACGCACACAUGCACACACAGCACACGAGCACACAGCACACACAAAGACACAGCACACACAUGCACACACAGCACACACACGCAAACACAGCACACACACGAACACAGCACACAGCACACACAUGCACACAGCACACACGCAUGCACAGCAGACACACGAACAGCACACACAGCACACACACAAACAGCACACACAUGCACACACGGCACACACACUCAUGCACAGCACAUACAUGAACACAGCUCACAGCACACAAACACGCAACACACACGUGCACACGCAAGCACCCACCUGCACACACACAUGCACACACACACGCACACCCCCACACAAUUGGAUGAAAACAAUAAGCAUAUCUAAGCAACUACGAUAUCUGUACGGAUCAGGUCAAAGUCCCGCUAAGAUUCUCCAGUGUUUUCAUGGUCUGAGCCCCCCUCCUGUUCCCAUCUCCACUGCCCCUCAGCCCUGUCUGUGCCCUGCCUCUCAGAGGAGGGGGCUCAGAUGGUGCGGCCUGAGUGUGCGGCCGGCGGCGUUUGGGAUACACCCGUAGGGUGGGCGGGGUGUGUCCCAGGCCUAAUUCCAUCUUUCCACCAUGACAGAGGUGCCCUUGUGAGGCUGGCCUCCUUGGCGCCUGUCCCCACGGCCCCCACAGUGUGAGCCACGAUGCUCCCCAUACCCCACCCAUUCCCGAUACACCUUACUUACUGUGUGUUGGCCCAGCCAGAGUGAGGAAGGAGUUUGGCCACAUUGGAGAUGGCGGUAGCUGAGCAGACAUGCCCCCACGAGUAGCCUGACUCCCUCGUGUGCUCCUGGAAGGAAGAUCUUGGGGACCCCCCACCGGAGCACACCUAGGGAUCAUCUUUGCCCGUCUCCUGGGGACCCCCCAAGAAAUGUGGAGUCCUCGGGGGCCGUGCACUGAUGCGGGGAGUGUGGGAAGUCUGGCGGUUGGAGGGGUGGGUGGGGGGCAGUGGGGGCUGGGCGGGGGGAGUUCUGGGGUAGGAAGUGGUCCCGGGAGAUUUUGGAUGGAAAAGUCAGGAGGAUUGACAGCAGACUUGCAGAAUUACAUAGAGAAAUUAGGAACCCCCAAAUUUCACGUCAAUUGAUCUAUUUCCCCUCUUUGUUUCUUGGGGCAUUUUUCCUUUUUUUUUUUUUCGUUUUUUUUUUUUUACCCCUCCUUAGCUUUAUGCGCUCAGAAACCAAAUUAAACCCCCUCCCUAUGUAACAGGGGGGCAGUGACAAAAGCAAGAACGCACGAAGCCAGCCUGGAGACCACCACGUCCUGCCCCCCGCCAUUUAUCGCCCUGAUUGGAUUUUGUUUUUCAUCUGUCCCUGUUGCUUGGGUUGAGUUGAGGGUGGAGCCUCCUUGGGGGCACUGGCCACUGAGCCCCCUUGGAGAAGUCAGAGGGGAGUGGAGAAGGCCACUGUCCGGCCUGGCUUCUGGGGACAGUGGCUGGUCCCCAGAAGUCCUGAGGGCGGAGGGGGGGGUGGGGCAGGGUCUCCUCAGGUGUCAGGAGGGUGCUCGGAGGCCACAGGAGGGGGCUCCCGGCUGGCCUGAGGCCGGCCGGAGGGGAAGGGGCUAGCAGGUGUGUAAACAGAGGGUUCCAUCAGGCUGGGGCAGGGUGGCCGCCUUCCGCACACUUGAGGAACCCUCCCCUCUCCCUCGGUGACAUCUUGCCCGCCCCUCAGCACCCUGCCUUGUCUCCAGGAGGUCCGAAGCUCUGUGGGACCUCCUGGGGGCAAGGUGGGGUGAGGUCGGGGAGUAGGGAGGUCAGGCGGGUCUGAGCCCACAGAGCAGGAGAGCUGCCAGGUCUGCCCAUCGACCAGGUUGCUUGGGCCCCGGAGCCCGCGGGUCUGGUGAUGCCGUAGCAGCCACCACCGCGGCGCCUAGGGCUGCGGCAGGGACUCGGCCUCUGGGAGGUUUACCUCGCCCCCACUUGUGCCCCCAGCUCAGCCCCCCUGCACGCAGCCCGACUAGCAGUCUAGAGGCCUGAGGCUUCUGGGUCCUGGUGACGGGGCUGGCAUGACCCCGGGGGUCGUCCAUGCCAGUCCGCCUCAGUCGCAGAGGGUCCCUCGGCAAGCGCCCUGAGAGUGGGCCAUUCGGAACAUUGGACAGAAGCCCAAAGAGCCAAAUUGUCACAAUUGUGGAACCCACAUUGGCCUGAAAUCCAAAACACUUCGAGGCACCCCAAAUUACCUGCCCAUUCGUCAGGACACCCACCCACCCAGUGUUAUAUUCUGCCUCGCCGGAGUGGGUGUUCCCGGGGGCACUUGCCGACCAGCCCCUUGCGUCCCCAGGUUUGCAGCUCUCCCCUGUGCCACUAACCAUCCUGGCCCGGGCUGCCUGUCUGACCUCCGUGCCUAGUCGUGGCUCUCCAUCUUGUCUCCUCCCCGUGUCCCCAAUGUCUUCAGUGGGGGGCCCCCUCUUGGGUCCCCUCCUCUGCCAUCACCUGAAGACCCCCACGCCAAACACUGAAUGUCACCUGUGCCUGCCGCCUCAGUCCACCUUGCGGCCCGUGUUUGACUCAACUCAGCUCCUUUAACGCUAAUAUUUCCGGCAAAAUCCCAUGCUUGGGUUUUGUCUUUAACCUUGUAACGCUUGCAAUCCCAAUAAAGCAUUAAAAGUCAUGA